AUGACCUCCAUCAUUACUGGCACCGCGCAGGCAGCCCAUUCAGCCCUUGCUAGCCUGCUCGCAAACGCGCAGAUCAAGCCCGGAGAAAGUAUCCCAGAGGAUAUCAAGGUGAAGGAGAACGAUGCAAUGGCUGCCGAAGCGUUCAAGCUAGUUGGGACCAAUGUUAUUGUCGGCGUACCAGGCGCGUUCACAGGUACAUGCAGUGCUCAGGUUCCAAAAUACAUCCAGAGCCUCGAGAAGUUCAAGGAGAAGGGCGUCAAUAACGUUUUUGUUGUUGCUGCCAAUGACGUGUUUGUCAUGAAGGCAUGGAAGGAGCAACUUGCCGCGAGUGGCACAGGUGUUCGAUUCAUUGCGGAUGACAAAGGUGAGCUUGUCAGUAGGCUUGGGCUGAUCUUCGACGCGUCUCCGUUGCUAGGUUCCCCUCGUGCAAAGCGCUUUGUACUCAUUACCGAUGGCCCUGUUGUCCGCACUGUUGCUGUUGAGGAAGACCCAAGUCAAGUAACUAUUACCGCCGCAGAUGUCAUUUUGGCUCAGCUUUGA